UUACCCAGCGGAGCUCGGUGUCCCGCGCGCCUCAGUCCCCGCCCCGUUUCCCCCUGCAGGGGAUUCUGGGAGGCGACAUCGCCGGUCUUGGGUCGUUGGGCGUGUUUCCAGAGCCAGCGGGGCUGGGAGAGUGAAGAAAUGUUGGCUCUGAGAAGACAAGGAACUUGUUUCAGGCUGUGCAGUUUCUUGUUGGUUUGGUAUUGAAAUUUGUCAAUGUUUGCCUCAGGCUGAAUUUCUGUGGAGUAAUAGAGGACUUUGUUCUCCAAAAGAGAAAAUUGAAGAAGGAAGGAAGAAUGGCUGUUGGACUAUGUAAAUCCAUGUCCCAGGGUUUGGUGACCUUCAGGGAUGUGGCUCUAAAUUUUUCCCAAGAGGAGUGGGAAUGGCUGGACUCAUCUCAGAAGGAUUUGUACAGAGAUGUCAUGUUGGAGAACUACAGGAACUUGGUAUGGCUUGGACUUUCCAUUUCUAAGCCCAACAUGAUCUCCUUAUUGGAGCAAGGGAAGGAUCCUUGCAUGGUGGAGAGAGAGAGGUCAGAUGGUCAAUAUGCAGAAUGGGACUCUUUGUAUGAAAUCAAGGCAUUAUCUCCAAAAUGGUACAUUGAUGAAGAGGAAAUAUCCCAGGGGAUGAUAAUGGAAAGACUUACAAGUUAUGGCCUUGAAUCCUCCAGUUUCAGAGAAGCCUGGAAAUAUAAGGGUGAAUUUGAGCAGCAUCAGGGAAAUCAGGAGAGUCAUUUCAGGCAAGUGACAACUCUUAAGGAAAUCUCUGCCAUGAAAAGAGACAAUGAAUAUAAUAAUUCUGAGAUAAAUGUUCUCUUGAACUCAGUACUUUUAACACAACAGAGAGUUCCCACAGUAGAACAAGUACAUAAAUUUGAUAUUUAUGAUAAAAUGUUCCCCCCAAAUUCAGUUCUAACUGAACAUAAAGGACUACAUGCUGAGAAGGAAUCUUUGAUAGGUAAUGAAUGUGAAGAAUUCAACCAGAAUACAUACCUUAGUAAAGAUGCAGAAAUUCCUCCUGGGGAGAAACAUUACGAAAGUAAUGAUUUUUCAGAUCUCUUAAGUUUCCACUCAUUACUUACUCAACAUCACACAACUCAUCUUGGAAAAUUAUCCCAUGGAUACGUUGAAUGUGGUGCUGCCUUUAGCUGUUAUUCAUUCUUUACUCAACCUCAGAGAAUUCACAGUAGAGAGAAACCAUAUGCAUGCAAUGACUGUGGAAAAGCCUUUAGCCAUGACUUCUUUCUCAGUGAGCAUCAGAGAGCUCAUACUGGGGAGAAACCAUAUGAAUGUAAGGAAUGUAACAAAGCUUUCAGACAGAGUGCACACCUUGCUCAACAUCAGAGAAUUCACACUGGAGAGAAACCCUUUGCAUGCAAUGAAUGUGGGAAGGCCUUUAGCCGUUAUGCCUUCCUUGUGGAACAUCAGAGAAUUCACACAGGAGAGAAACCAUAUGAAUGUAAGGAAUGUAACAAAGCCUUCAGACAGAGUGCACACCUUAAUCAACAUCAGAGAAUUCACACUGGAGAGAAACCCUAUGAAUGUAAUCAAUGUGGAAAAGCCUUCAGCAGACGCAUAGCCCUUACUCUGCAUCAAAGAAUUCACACAGGAGAGAAACCCUUUAAAUGUAAUGAAUGUGGAAAGACCUUUGGCUAUCGCUCACACCUUAAUCAACAUCAGAGAAUUCACACUGGUGAAAAGCCCUAUGAGUGCAUCAAAUGUGGGAAGUUUUUUAGGACUGACUCACAACUUAAUCGACAUCAUAGAAUUCAUACUGGAGAGAGACCUUUUGAAUGCAGUAAAUGUGGGAAAGCCUUCAGUGAUGCUUUAGUUCUAAUUCAUCAUAAGAGAAGUCAUGCAGGAGAGAAACCCUAUGAAUGUAACAAAUGUGGGAAGGCCUUCAGUUGUGGCUCAUACCUUAAUCAACAUCAGAGAAUUCAUACUGGAGAGAAACCUUAUGAAUGUAAUGAAUGUGGGAAGGCUUUCCAUCAGAUCUUGUCCCUUAGGCUACACCAGAGAAUUCAUGCUGGAGAAAAACCCUAUAACUGCAAUGAAUGUGGGAACAAUUUUAGCUGUGCUUCAGCUCUUCGACGACAUCAGAAAAUUCAUAAUAGAGAAGCUCUCUGAUUAUGUAUAACAAGUAUAAGAAAGAAAACAUUUAGUCACCAUUCAGUCCUUAUUAAAUAAAUAUCAGUGAGUUCUUCAGUUAGUAAUUCUAUGAACGUAGUACCUAUGGAGAAGCCUUCAGUUCAUGAGCAUCCCUUAUUUGAAAUAGCCUGAGUAGUAGACGUCUGUUACUUUUGGAUCUGUUCUGUACCCUAUUUGAGACUUAUCUCACCCUCAAUGCAUAUCAUUCUGAUGAAAUUGUUUAAUCAGGAAGAGCAGUAGAUUGGUCAUAGGCAGGCCAAUUAUUUUCUUCAACCUCAUGAUAGAUAAGGGAUUUACAGAUGGCCCUGUCUAGACCAGUAGAGUCCUAGGGGGUCAUUGUUAUGGGUAGUAAGAAAAGAUUUUUUUUUCCCCACCCCAGAAUUGCAAGUUUCAAGGAUUUAGUAAGGUUAAAAACUCACCAGCAGCCUUUUUGCCACCACAUGAAGAAAGCCUUCCCAGGAUAAAUCUAACACAAAGGAAAACUGAGGUCAGAGACAGAAAUCUGAGGAUGUUUGAUCUUCUGGAUCCAAUCAUGUCUGAAGUUUACACCAUCUUUUACUUUUUCAUUUUUGUGAUCCAAUAAAUUUUCUUUUUUCUGCUUAUGUUAA